AAUUGUCCAGGAGUUGUGUUACAUGGCAGGAAAGAGAUAUUCAAGAUGAGUGUUCGAUGAUUCCAAUGGCUCUCUAAUAUCAAAAAGAUGAGAUCCCGUCCCCCGCAAGACUCAGAGGAGAGACUCAAGCCCCAAAGUUGAAAUAGCCCAACCAGUGGGAUAUUUUCAUGUCGACAUUUCUAAAAUUUACCGGCCGUCGCGGUUGGCUGGUCAGCAAUGAGUCCAGACCUGGGACUAGUCUUGAGCAGGAAGCAUCGAUACUCCAGCGUAGAAAUGUAGACUUUGGACUUUUGACAGUGAACAUCAUUGUUCCAACCUCAUUCAUACCUUGUACUGUCCCCGGGCGGGACGUAUCUCAACUCUCUUGUCUCCGACCUCCUUAUCCCAAUCCUCAUUUAACCCGAAUUUGCCGUGCAGAGCACGAGCAGGAAAGUAGAGAGAAGGGCGGACGCAGAAAAACGCCAUUGGCAAGCCUCUCCAUCGCGAGACGCUUCGUAGGACGCCCCUUGGAACGCCAUACCGCCUCUCUCUGGUCGCCUAUCGAGAGAACCCCUGGAGGAGCCCCUCUCAAAGCAGCUGGACCUGUCGCGAGGAAGAAGAAUUUCAAAGCAAACGUCAAGAUGGACUCGAUCGAUCAUCCCGAGGAAUCAGGUAGCACUCGGCUCACCAAUCUUUUACGAAGGCAAUUCGGAUGUGCUCCUCAUCCUGGUGAAGCAAAAAACGCCACCACGCCCCCUCUCGUCCCCUGUUCAAGGGACCCCCCUCGCCGAUCUCUUCGGCUCGUCUGCGUCAUGUUCGGAGGAGAUGAGAGGAUGGACAAUGACCCGCCACCUCGUGAGGCCCGGAAAUUGACCCGUGUUCAACCCACCCUACGUUGGAUGCUACUUCCCUACAUCUACCGGUUCGGAUACUCGUCUUGAAAAUCCUGAACAAGAGAUUCGUCCCAAAAUCCCCUGAGUCCUGAUUCGAGCUGCGAAAGCCAAAGUCCUCGGGCUAGUCUGAGCCAAACCUGCCACUGCCUCUCUCUUUAAUCCCCGUCUCUUCCUCCCUAGGGAACUCCAUAAUACCUCCCUUGAUCCUGCCUUCG